CAUGGCGUCAGCACCAUGCCAUCCAUUAUCAUGUCAACUUAAUUGCGUGAAUAUCUAAGGAUGUUGCAUCAAGGCAUUCCUUAGGUGUCAUUGAUCCCAUGGUCAACCGGGUACCUACGACGUAUAAUCCGCAUAGCCAAUCGGCGUUAGUUGCCUCAAUGGGGAGCUUAACCUUUACAUCGUGUGGGAUCAGGGAUCACUGUAUGCUUCAACGUGUCCGUCACGGUCCUGCCACAGUCUGCACCACCUUGAUGCAUUUUGACUAUUAAAGCACCUCAAAAUUCAAUUUCACAGACCCAUGAACCUAGCACGUCAUGUCUCAGUCAACUCAACUAGUAGCUCAGGACCUCAUAGCAUCGUCGCAGGCUAUUUCUGGCUCUCAGCUUCAUGAACUAAUGCAAGCGGCAGUGACGGUUGAUGCUCACCACAGUACAUUCAGCGAUAUUGGUCGUGAUCAAAUCAACAAUACCACAAUUAACAAUAACUACCAGGCUCCAA